UCCUGUUUUCCUGCCUCCCUUCUGCUGCCUCCUGCUCUCCAAAGCUCCCACACCACACCCAAGAGGAGAGAGGAAGCCAGCAGCAAAAGCUUUUGCCUCCCUCCCCCCCCCGCCGCCGUCCCCCCUGCUAAAAUGUGAUGUCCAAUCCAUCAGAUUGCUUCUAGUUCAGUCCCCCACUCCUCUCCUGGUUAUGGGAUCCGGCGAGCUGGAUGGACGCGCAUUGGAGCAGCAGCAGUAGCGGGGGCGAAGCUGCAGACGGGGGAUCUGGAUCCGAGGCACCACCACCGGGGUCCUCACGGAGGCGACGGCGCAGGAGGAAGAGGAGGUGGAGGUGGAGGUGGCGGCGGCGGGCAGCAGGAGGCUGCGGAUGAGGAGCAGCAGCAGCAGCAGCAACAGCACCACCACUACCGGCUGCUGCAGCUGCACCAACAAGUGCAGCAGGACCAAGAACCUCCGCCCGCCCCCGUCUUCCAGCUCUCGCACCUCCAGGCCACGUCCGUGAGGCAACCGGGCUCGUCCGCCGAGUAUGCCCUUCUCGCGCCCAUGGGCGAUGCCGGCCAGUCCCAUCAUCACCACGGGCUCCAGACGCAGCUCCUGUCUUUCGGAGGCGCCGGGAGCCACCACCAUCACAUGCAUCAAUUCACGGCGCAGGCGCAGGCGCCCGCGGCAUCCCAGACGCGGGCGCGAGGAGGACGAGGCGGCGAGAUGGUGCCGGCGACGCCUGCGCGGGUGAGGGGCGGCGGAGGCGGGGAGAUCGUGGCAGUGCAGGGAGGGCACAUUGUGCGCUCCACGGGGCGGAAAGACCGGCACAGCAAGGUCUGCACGGCGCGCGGGCCUCGCGACCGGCGCGUCCGGCUGUCGGCACACACGGCCAUCCAGUUCUACGACGUGCAAGACCGGCUGGGCUACGACCGCCCCAGCAAGGCCGUCGAUUGGCUCAUCAAGAACGCCAAGGACGCCAUCGACAACCUCGACACCCUUCCGGCUUGGCAGCCCACGGCCGUCGCCCCUGCCUCCAGCAAUGCCGCCGCGCCGCCGUCCUCCUCGACCCAGCCUGACUCCGCCGACAACUCAGACGACCAGGCGCAGGCCAUCACCAUCGCGCACUCGUCCUUCGACUUCGCCGGCUCUGGUGGCGCUGGAGGAGCCACGGGCGGCAUCAGCUUCCUCCCGCCGUCGCUCGACUCGGACUCCAUCGCGGACACGAUCAAGUCGUUCUUCCCCAUGGGCGGGACCGCAGGCGGGGAGCCGUCGUCGUCCACUGUGGCUGCGCAUUCGUCGGCCAUGGGUUUUCAAGGCUACACACCGGACCUCCUGUCGCGAACCGGCAGCCAGAGCCAAGAACUCCGGCUGUCGCUGCAGCCUUUACCAGACCCCAUGUUUCACCACCACCACCACCAGCAGGAGCAGCACCGGCCGGAUGGCCACGACGGCAACGGCACCGCCCAGCAGACACUAUUCCCCGGCGCGGCCAGUUACUCAUUUGGCGGCGGCGGCGCCAUGUGGGCCGAGCAGGCGGCGAGCCAGCGCAUGAUGCCGUGGAACGUGCCCGACCCAGGCGGCGGGAGCACUGGCGGCUACUUGUUCAACGUGUCGCAGCAGGCGGCGCAUAUGCAAGCGGCGCUGAGUGGCCAGAGCCAGUUCUUCUUCCAGAGGGGUCCCCUUCAGUCCAGUAACCAGCCCUCCGACCGAGGAUGGCCGGAGACCGUCGAAGCUGACGACAACAACCCGAUGCAGCAGCAGCAGCAGCACCAAGGGGGCUUGAACCCUUCCGUGUCGGCAAUCGGGUUCGGUCCCGGCGUCAGCUUCUCCGGAUUCCGCGUCCCCGCGAGGAUGCAGGGCAACGAGGAGCACAACGGCGGCAAUGGCGACAAGCCGCCGUCCGUCUCCUCGGCUUCCCACCACUGACAGCAGCAGUGGAUGACAGAUGACUUCACCACCAACCUCCACAGUGUACCAGCAACGACAUCGGCCAUCAGCUCCUCCACUUGCAUCACUGGUGCUAAUUUGAUUCCGCUUCAUCAUUUAUAGGAGCUGGUGAUUGCAUUGCAACUAGGAGGAGCGAAAUUCGGAGCUGGUUCUACGUCUGGUUGGUUGGUUGGUUGGUUUUCCAUCUCUUCUGCUACGUGUGUCAUUGUCUUUUGCUUCAAGAUCACUCGGAGCUUCUUAGAAUUAGGCUUGUGAGAGUGCAGCGACACAGCAAGCUGGUGAGCCAGCCUCUUUGUGGCAUUGCAUUAGGUGUAGUUGAUGUUGUAGUUUGCUGUAGGUCAAGCUCGAUUGCUUUCUUUCUUUCACUUGUUGCUGUAUGCUACUACUAGAUGUUAUUCUCAAACUUAUAAAUGGAUGUUGGAUGGGGAGAGGAGUCUAUCACUCCAUCUUUAUCUUUCCAUCCUUUUUGGUCA